CAAUUCCCGAGCCUGGGACGGACGCGGGGCCGUCCCCUGGACGCGCGAGUACACCGCGUUCGCGUCCCCACCCUUGCCCGCGCCCCUCCUGCUUCCUGAGCUACAAGUAGCCUGGGCGGGACAACUCCAGGCAGAAGUUCUUCGGGCUUCACGCACAGCAAGCUUUUCUCCUCCCAGGAACCGCCAGGCGCGGAGUGCAGCGCGAUCGGGACCCUGACACCCGCGGCGCGCGCAACCACACGGUCCCGCCGCGCCCCGCGCCCGCUCAACCUGCCCUGCGCUCUGUCGCACCAGGUGCCUGCGCCCGUGGAGAGCAGCUGCAGCAGGUGGCGUCCGGGGUGUGGUCAAUGAGGAGUAGCCUGAGGAAGAUGCUGCGCCCGGGGGAGAAGAAAGAACCCCCUGGCGUUGUCUACCAGGGCGUGGAGGACGACAUGGAAGACUCCAAGGACUCCUUUAAGGUGGUUUUUGAGGAAAGUGCAUGUGGUUUACAAAACUUUUUGAAGAAACGAAAGAGACUUAAAAAAUAUGAUGAUACGAACGCCUCCCCUUUGCAUCACGCUGCAGAAGAAGGUCAAGUGGGGCUGAUGGAGAUGAUUGUCAGUGACUCCUCCUGUGAAGUACUGAAUGCAAUGGAUGAUUAUGGAAAUACCCCUCUGCACUGGGCUGCAGAGAAAAACCAAGUUGAAAGCAUUAAGUUUCUCCUUUGCAAAGGAGCUAAUCCAAACCUCCGAAACUGCAACAUGAUGGCGCCCCUGCACGUGGCUGUGCAGCGCUUGCACAACGAGGUGAUGAAGGUCUUGAUUGAGCACAGCAGUACGGAUAUUAAUCUGGAAGGAGAAAAUGGCAAUACAGCUCUGAUAAUCGCGUGUUUCACGGAUAAUAGUGAAGCAGUGGAGCUUUUGUUAAAUAAAGGAGCCAAGCCAUGUAAAUCAAAUAAGUGGGGAUGCUUCCCGAUUCACCAGGCUGCAUUCUCAGGUGCCAAAAAAUGCAUGGAAAUAAUAUUAAAGUUUGGUGAAGAGAAUGGGUACAGCAGAGUAGCUCACAUCAACUUUGUGAACAACAGGAAAGUCAGCCCUCUCCACAUGGCUGUUCAAAGCGGUGACUUGGAAAUGAUUAAAAUGUGCCUGGACAAUGGUGCCCAGUUGGAUCUGAUGGAGAAAGGGAAGUGCACUGCCCUUCAUUUUGCGGCCACCCAGGGAGCCACCGAGAUUGUUAAACUGAUGGUAUCAUCCUAUUCGGGCAGCCAGGAUAUUAUUAACGCCAUGGAUGGAAAUCAGGAAACGCUGCUUCACAGAGCCUCAUUAUUUGAUCACCAUGAACUAGCAGACUACUUAAUUUCAAUGGGAGCAGAUAUUGAUAGCACAGAUUCUGAAGGACGUUCUCCACUUAUCUUAGCCACCGCUUCCGCUUCCUGGAAUAUUGUCAAUUUGCUUCUCUCUAAAGGUGCCCGUGUAGGCAUAAAAGAUCAUCUUGGACGUAAUUUUUUGCAUUUGACUGUACAACAACCGUAUGGAUUAAAAAAUUUGCGACCUGAGUUUUUGCAGAUGCAACAUAUUAAAGAGCUGGUGAUGGAUGAAGACAAUGACGGGUCCACACCUCUACACUACGCGUGUAGACAAGGGGUCCCCGUCUCUGUAAAUAACUUACUUGACUUCAAUGUGUCCAUUCAUUCCAAAAACAAAGAUAAGAAAUCACCCCUGCAUUUUGCAGCCAGCUAUGGGCGUAUCAAUACUUGUCAGAGGCUCUUGCAAGACAUGAGUGACACGAGACUUUUGAAUGAAGGUGACCUUCACGGAAUGACUCCUCUGCACCUGGCUGCAAAAAACGGGCAUGAUAAAGUGGUUCAACUUCUUCUGAAGAAAGGUGCAUUAUUUCUCAGUGACCACAAUGGCUGGACUGCUCUGCAUCAUGCCUCCUUGGGAGGGUACACUCAGACCAUGAAGGUCAUUCUUGACACUAAUAUGAAGUGCACAGAUCGGCUAGAUGACGAAGGGAACACUGCACUUCACUUUGCGGCAAGGGAGGGCCAUGCCAAAGCUGUCGCCUUGCUCCUGAGCUACGACGCCAACAUCAUCCUGAACAAGCAGCGGGCCUCCUUCCUGCACGUGGCAAUUCACAAUAAGCGAAAGGAGGUGGUUCUCACCACCAUCCGGAACAAAAGAUGGGAAGAAUGUCUGAUGACGUUUAGUCAUUAUUCUCCAAGCAAUAGAUGUCCAGUCAUGGAAAUGGUAGAAUAUCUGCCUGAAUGCAUGAAAGUACUUUUAGAUUUCUGCAUGAUGCCCUCUACAGAAGACAAGUCCUCCCCAGACUACCACAUUGAGUAUAAUUUCAGAUAUCUUCAAUGUCCAUUAGAAUUCACCAAAAAAGUAGCACUUGUACAAGAUGUGACAUAUGAGCCUCUUUCAACCCUCAAUGCGAUGGUACAGCAUAACCGCAUAGAGCUUCUAAACCACCCUGUGUGUAAAGAAUAUUUACUUAUGAAAUGGUGGGCUUAUGGGUUUAGAGCCCAUGUCAUGAACUUGGGAUCAUACUGUCUUGGCCUCCUGCCUAUGACCUUUCUUGUGAUCAGUAUCCGACCAGGUAUGGCUUUCAACUCAACUGGAAUCAUCAAUGAAACUAGUGACCAUUCAGAAAUAUUAGACACCAAGAAUUCAUAUACUAUAAAUGUCUGUAUGAUUUUAGUUUUGUUAUCAAGUAUAUUUGGAUAUUGCAAAGAAGUGGCCCAGAUUUUCCAGCAGAAAAGGAAUUACUUUUUUGAUAAUAGCAAUGCACUUGAAUGGAUUAUCUACACAACAAGCAUCAUUUUUGUGUCACCCUUGUUCAUCAGCAUACCAGCUUAUGUGCAGUGGCAGUGUGGAGCGAUUGCUAUAUACCUCUAUUGGAUGAACUUCUUGUUGUAUCUUCAGAGAUUUGAAAAUUGUGGCAUUUUUAUCGUGAUGUUGGAGGUGAUCAUGAAAACUCUGUUGAAAUCGACAGUCGUGUUUGUCUUCCUUCUUGUGGCUUUUGGACUCAGCUUUUACGUCCUCCUGAGCAUACAGGCAACAUUCACUCCUUACAUACGUUUUGCAUCUCAUUCUCACCUUGCUGACUUUUCUCAGGAUGCUUUCAGCUCGCCGUUGCUGUCUAUAAUGCAGACCUUCAGUAUGAUGUUAGGAGAUAUCAAUUAUCACGAUGCCUUCCUAGACCCGUUUCUGAGGAAUGAAUUGGCGUAUCCAUUUCUGUCCUUUGCCCUACUUAUUACGUUCACCAUGUUCGUCCCUAUUGUCCUCAUGAAUUUACUCAUUGGUUUGGCAGUUGGUGACAUUGCUGAGGUUCAGAAGCAUGCGCUGUUGAAGAGGAUUGCCAUGCAGGUGGAACUUCAUACCAGCUUGGAGAAGAAGCUGCCACUCUGGUUCCUACACAAGGUCGAUCAGAAAUCCAUCACCGUGUAUCCCAACAGACCCAGAUAUAGUGGAGGGCUAUUCCGUGGUGUACUUCAUUAUAUCUUUUGCCCCCAAGAGACAAGACAAGAAAUACCAAAUGUUGAUACAUCUUUGGAAACAGAAAUAAUGAAGCAAAAAUACCGGCUGAAGGAUCUCAGUUCUCUUCUGGAAAAGCAGCAUGACCUUAUUAAACUCAUCAUUCAGAAGAUGGAAAUCAUCUCUGAGACAGAGGAUGAAGAUUACCAGAGUUCUUUUCAAGACAGGUUUAAGAAACAACAGUUAGAACAAAGGAAUAGCAAAUGGAAUUCUGUAUUGAGAGCAGUGAAGGCAAAAACACACUCCCCUUAGCAUGAGUUUUCCAAGCCUGCAACAGAGCUCCCUAUGGAGGGUUGUGUGUUUUACAGGGUCUAAAUUCCAACUGGGAAAGAGUGAGGAAAAGCAGAAAUUUGCAUGGUUCCUGCAUUCUACAUAAGAAGUAGACUCUCUUUCUGUCUCUCUCCAUAUUUUCUGCCAAUCACUCUGUACAGGGAAUACCAUUGCUAAUAAAUUCAGGUUGGACUUUACCUUGCCUUAUUUGAAUGGGUAGAAAACCAAUUUGCUAGAACAUAUAUUUGCAGUGAUAAGGAGUAAUACAUGUAAUAAUUAAGCUAGAAUACAAAUGUCAAUAUUGGAUUCCUGCUUAAUAAUUAUACUAUAGAGAAAGCAUUAGAAAAUCAAAUAUUGUACUUGGUCCUAUCCUGUGAUCUACUUUUUGUGUUAGAAGACUCUGUGGCUGGAACCCUGUGGGCUCUGUUCCUAGCAGAGUCCAUCCCCCACCUGCUUGCUGCUCCUAACACAGCUGAUUGUCACUCUGAGUUGAGACCCAAAUGAAUAGAUCUUAUGUUAUGCAUAAAUUUUACUAUAUGUGGUGUCUGUUAUUUCCAUAUUUUUUGGUCUCCCAAUGAUGAUAAUUAAUAAAAUCUAUAUAGUCACCUCCAUGA